AUGGACUUCUCAAUGUACCAUUUCGCCGGUGGAAACCGCUCUACGCAGGAAGUACAGGCUGCGAUAGAUGACUACCUCGAUGGCCUGGCGCAGCCACUCCUCACUGACAUGCAAUCACAGAUUCACCAAAACCCCGAACUGGCUUACGAGGAGCACUACGCUCACAAUCUUAUCUGUGAAUUUCUCGAGGAGCGCGGAUUCCCUGUCCAGCGCCAUGCGUACGGCCUGGCAACUGCCUUUGAGGCCAAAGUUGGAGACCCCCAGAGCCUGCGCUGCAUCAACUUUAACGCCGAGUACGAUGCACUGCCCGAGAUCGGCCACGCCUGUGGUCACAAUCUGAUUGCAACGUCCAGCGUCGCUGCCUUUAUUGCACUGGCUUUCACCAUUCGCAAAUUCGCUCUCCCUGGCCAGGCUCAGCUGCUCGGUACCCCUGCUGAAGAAGAUGGUGGCGGCAAAGUCGACCUGAUCAAUGCAGGCGCUUACAAGGACGUAAGCAUGUCCUUGAUGAUGCAUCCUAUGUCGGAGGAAGAAUUCGAAAGCCAGAAAGUCAAGGGAAUCGGUGGCCGAUCCACAAUUGCCUGCUUUGACCUCGUCGCAUCCUACCACGGUACCAGCGCCCACGCAGCCGCCAACCCUUGGGAAGGCGUCAACGCCCUCGACGCCCUUGUCCUGGCCUACAACGGGAUCUCCAUGCUCCGCCAACAGAUUCGUCCCGACGAGCGAAUUCACGGCGCUAUUAUGCAAGCCCCAAAAGUCACCAACGCGAUCCCCCAGUACACACGCACCAAGUACACGAUCCGUAGUCGCACCGAAACCAGGGCCCGAGAGCUGGGAGAACGUGUUCGCAAUUGCUUGGAUGGCAGCGCGAAGGCCACAGGCUGCAAGGUGGAGAUUGAAGAGACCCAGAUGUACUCCAACCUGAUUGUCGUCCCGCCCCUCUGCGAUAUUUACAAGUCGUUCAUGGGUGAUAUGGGUGUCGAAGUCGAUUCUUACGACAAUGAGCUUAUGCCGGGCUCUACAGAUCAGGGUAAUGUCUCUCACCAAGUUCCCGCGCUCCACGCUCUUGUUGGUAUUCCGGUCACUGAUGGAGCACAUAACCACACUCGGCAGUUUACCGAUGCUGCGGGCUCGGAUGAAGCACACCGUCGAUCGAUCAUUUCUGCGAAGGCCAUGGCGAUGACGGCCUGGGUCUUGCUCACGGAUCGUGUGCAAUUCCAUGCUGUUCAACAGUCCUUUCGCGAGGUUAAGCCGAAGACCGAAUGA